UGACUAUUGAAAAUUGAGAACUCUCUCUCUCUAACUUUCUCUCUCUCGCGGGCGCCGUAGUGAGUUAAAAUUGCAAAGUCCAGAACUCCAUCUUCACGUCCGCGAAUCCACAGCACGCGCACACCUUCGCACCGACUCCACCAUUAACAGUGGACAGAAUCCAGAGGAGCUGUAAUAGAGACUUCCCGGAAGUCUCAGUUUUCAGUUUACAGUUUCAGCUCACAAAUUUCUUCCGGAUCUCAUAGCACCUCAGGAGCAACUUCGCCCAAUUAUUCUCCGUGAGCCUUUGAAUUCAUCAGGUCUGCAAAAAUAUUCAGUUGCAUUUCCGUAUGCUAUGUUCACGAAGACUUUUUGUAUGGACCUUCGACCUAUUCGAUAAAUUGCUUCACCAUAUGAUUGUGCUUGCGUUUCCGUAAACCUAGACGCUAUUCAAUUCUAAUUUUCGGAAUGUUUUAUGCUUUUGUAUCGUAAUGCUGCGAAGACUUUCAGUUUCACAGGCUUUGUCUGAAACUCGGAGAUUCUUGAGACAUGUACCUUUGCCACUAUCGGAAGAUUAUCGACAACCAGCACAUAGUGCUGUUCCUCUUAGUUGGUUUAAUCACUGCAGCAAAAUAGAGGCAUGCCUUGUUUUGAAAUUGAGUCGAACAUUGCUAACCAACCCGAACUUUCGGUUUGGUAGAAAUUCAAGUUCAACUAUUGAAUAUUCAGUUCGAUUGAGUUCAUCACUAUGGGACCAGAUUCGUAGACAAUUUUGCAGUUUAGGAGCUUUCGAAUCGGAGAAAGCAACUGAUACUGGUGGGAAUAACAAUGUGGAUAAGGUCUAUAAAACAGUGUUGGAUUACUCAAAUCCCGAGUAUAAAAUGGAGGGGGCUCUUGAUAAACUAGGCAUUGAACUGACAACUCCUUUGGUUGUAGAGGUGUUACACAGGCUUCGUUUUGAGGAGAAAUUAGCAUUCAGGUUCUUUAAUUGGGCAGGACAUCUAGAACAUUAUAAUCAUGAGCCUGAAUCGUAUAAUAAGAUGAUUGACAUUCUGUCUAGUACCAAGUACAAGGUCAAGCAGUUUCGUAUCAUCUGUGAUCUUCUUGAUUACAUGAAAAGGAGCAAGAAAAAUUCUGUUCCCAUAGAGGUGUUGUUGACCAUUCUAAGACAGUAUACAGAGAAGCACUUGACGCAUCUUCAAAAAUUUGCAAAGAAGAAGAAGAUAAGAGUAAAGACACAACCUGAGAUAAAUGCAUUUAAUUUAAUGUUGGAUGCUUUGUGCAAGUGUUGUCUUGUUGAGGAUGCUGAGGCGAUGUUUCAGAGGGUGAAAAGCAAAAUCAGGCCAAAUUCUGAUACAUAUAAUAUUCUGUUCUUUGGAUGGUGCAGGGUCAGAAACCCGACUAGAGGUAUGUGUGUGCUGGAAGAUAUGAUGAAGAUGGGUCAUACACCUGAAAAUUUCACAUAUAACACUGCCAUUGAUACCUUCUGCAAAGCAGGGAUGUUGACAGAGGCUGCUGAACUUUUAGAGUUUAUGAAAACCAAGGGCUCAACAAUGUCUUCCCCGACAGCAAAAACUUAUGCAAUUAUGAUAGUAGCACUUGUCCAGAAUGAUAGAAUGGAUGAAUGCUUUAAAAUCGUGGCUGAUAUGAUAGAUAGUGGAUGCCUUCCUGAUGUGUCAACAUACAAAGAACUAAUCGAGGGCAUGUGCUCAUGUGGAAAGAUUGAAGCAGCUUAUAAAUUUUUGCAAGAGAUGGGACGGACAGGCUAUCCUCCUGAUAUUGUCACUUACAACUGUUUUCUCAAGGUUCUUUGUGACAAUAAGGAUAGUGAUGAAGCACUUAAACUUUACCAGAAAAUGAUUGAUGUCGGUUGUAUGCCCAGUAUGCAUACAUACAAUAUUCUGAUUUCAAUGUUUUUUAGGAUUGGUGAUCCUGAAGGUGCCUUUGAGACUUGGAAUGAGAUGGAUAGAAGGGGUUGUUCACGUGAUACUGAUACUUAUUGUGUGAUGAUUGAAGGGCUCUUUGGAUGCAGUAAUACUAGAGAUGCAAUAUAUCUUCUGGAACAAGUAAUAGACAGGGGGAUGAAAUUUCCAUAUAAGAAAUUUGAUACCUUUUUGAUGCAGCUCUCUGCAGUUGGUGAUCUCCAAUCCAUCCAUAGAUUAUCCGAGCAUAUGAGGAAAUUCUACAACCCUGCUAUGGCACGUCGUUUUGCAUUAAAUCAGAAGCGUAAAAGUAUGAGCUUGAGGGGGAAGUGAGUAGAAUGUAGUUGGAAUGUUAUCAAAUUGGCUUAACUGCCCAUCACUCAUUCUACUCUGGAAUAUUUAUAUACAAAAUCUAAAUGCAUCCACAAACUUGCAAUUUCCUGCAAAUGCUUAAUCUUGAUUCUUCAGCUGCAUGCGGUGGUCAGCCCUCAAGAUAACAAGAUGGGCUUAAGAUAUUCCUCUACUGCUUAUUUCAUGACCCUUUAAUAGCGGAAAGUUGGGGCUCUAGAAGGAAACUAGAGCAUUUCAUGUUGCUGCAUAUGCUCAA